AUGAGCCACAUCCCCGGACCCUCAUACCAUCACGAUUCCCCACCCUGGGCAACAACAACAACAACAACAGCCUCAUCGUCGUCAGACGUCGAUAUUGAUAUCCCCUCCCCGGCUGCUAUCGCCAUCUCCAGAAUCAAGGACAAGAACACAACAGCUAAACCCCACUCUCCAUCUCCAUCUCCAGCCCACGAAAAGCCAGCACAGGCACCUGCACCGCAGCCCGCAGAAAAGCAAGCCAAAGCCAAAGCCAAAGCUCAAGACCAAGACCAAGACCAAGACCAAAGCCAAGCAAAGGCCAGUGUUCUCCACCCUACUGGUGUUUUAGCUGCUGCGGUGGCGGGGCAUUCUUUUUUUCUGCUGAGGCUCUUUAUUCUUGCGAGUGUGGUGAAUUUGCUAUACCGGGAUACACAAAAGGCAUAG